UCAGAAAGUGACUUCCGCCAGGUGGCCCCGGGCUACGCCUGGAUAAAAACCUGAGCAGGUGGACGCUGGACCCGAGUACCUUCGGUUGGGGCGCCAAUCGCAGAACGCAACGAGGAGUUACAUCUAGCAAAGUGACAGCCAGCAUGACCGACACCGACGCCGAGCCACAAAGCGCUCCAUCUUUGUCCCCCGUGGAAGACAAGCCACAAGUGGAGAGGAAAGUCAUAGCCACCUUGGUGCAAGGGACAGUGAAGUGGUUCAACGUACGUAAUGGAUAUGGCUUCAUUAACAGGAAUGAUACCAAGGAAGAUGUGUUUGUUCAUCAGACGGCAAUCAAGAAAAACAACCCGAGGAAGUUCCUCCGGAGCGUUGGCGACGGCGAAGUGGUAGAGUUCGACGUGAUUGAAGCUGUCAAGGGUUCGGAAGCAGCCAACGUGACGGGCCCCGGCGGGGCACCUGUCAAGGGGAGCCGCUACGCGCCCAACAAGCGCCGCUUCCGGCGGCGGUUCUUCCCGCGGCCCGGGGACAAGCCAGCAGACGGCCAGACCCCCAGUGUCGAUGAGGAAGGGCGUGCCGACGAUGGAAGACCGCAGCUGCAGCAACGCCAAAGGCCUCGCCGACCACCCCCGCAGUCAAAUGGUGAAACAGGCGAACUAAAAGGCACAGAAGGCGAUCAAAGACCGCCGCGGCGUCGGUUCUGGCGGCCAUAUCGGCGACCGUUCCGUCCACGACCUGCUUCGGCCCAUCCGAAGGAGGGUGAUCAGAAUCGGCAGCAGCAGGCAAAUGCACCUGAGGAGCAACCGGAGUCGUCCGAAAACAAUGCCGACGCCGCAGAGGGCCAGAAGCAGCGGCAACGCCAGCAGAGACGCCGACGGCAGAGAAACUCUGAGUCAUCGGUCUCCAAAAACGGGACCGAGAAGUCUGCCUCGGAACCCGGUACCCCUCCUCAGACCUCCAACGGAGACUUGAAAUCCAAAUCCCCGAAGGGCUCUCUUAAGAGCCCACCCAAGUCACCAGAGCAGCCCGCCGACACAAGUGUCCCGGCACCGACAGAGUGACGGUCCCUCGUGGACAGUCGAGGGACCCUUGAGAAGGUCCACGCAUUGAAGGACUGGCCCGAUUUGAGAACGCACGUCUCCCCUCCUUGCACACCCCCAAUACCCCCCGUCCCCUAAACCUGCGUCACCCCUCGGAACACCUCUGCCCCACCCCCACCUUACUCCAUAGGCAGGAAAGACACAGGUGUGGAUUUUCAUCUUAAGAAGGGGCAUAAAAAGGGAAAUGAUUUAAAAAAUAAAAAAUAAA